AUAGAACUUAUUUUAGGGUAUAACAUUUGCCCCCCAAUGAAGAAGUUUGAGGGUAGUGAAAACUUUCAAUGGGUGUCUGUCUUUCUUAUUGCUCUGUUCAUCUUGGUUUUGAAUUUUGCGCAGGUUUUCACUUUUUCAACUAUGACUGCCUCGUUAAAAACCUUAACUAGAAAAAACCCUGUGGGAUAAAAAAUCUAGUUUAAGGAAAAAAGAGUGCAGCUCAGGUUUUUCCUUUAUGAUUCCUGGUGCAGUUGGUAUGAUAGGUCCUUUUGGUUCAAACCCUUAUUUCUUUGGGAUUUUAUGCAAUUUAUCCUUUUGGCUUUCAAAUGGGGCUUUCUUGGGUUUCUCGAUUCUUCCUUUUCUUUUUUGUUUGACUUCUUUUUGAUUUCUUUUUGUUUUCUUUUGGGUUUCCCGAUUCUUCCUUUCUUUUUGACUUCUUUUUGAUUUCUUUUUUGUUUUCUUCCUUUUGAGAAAGACUUCUUUGAUUUUGGUUACGUCGGUUGUCUUAUGAUGGCUGUUAAUCCUUUUGCUCUUGGUUCUAUUCUGAUCCUUGCUUUUGGCUCUGUUCUGAUUUCUACUUUUGGCUCUGUUCUUAUCUCUACUUCCGGUUCUGUUUUGACUUCUGCCUCCGGCUCUGUUCCGAUUUCUGCUUCCAUUGGUUCUUGCAUUUUCUUUCUUCUUCUUUGCCAUUUUUAUGUUUUGACAGAGGAGAAUCCUUCAAAAUCUGCUGUUAUGGCUCCAGUUGCUUGGGAUAUUGCCGAGAUGGGGGUGGAUCCCAUUGUCAGAGUGAGCCUUUCUUCUUCCGAAUCCAAGUGUUUUAACGUUUUCCAUUUUCCUGGCUGGUUUGUGGUGAACGAUGCUUUUCAUCAUGUAGAGAGAAAUCCCAUGACUCUUCCUUUUCCGGCAGAGCACUGCAUCCAAGAACAACACCAGCUUCAUCGCCUCAAUCUUUCUAUCUCCGGCUCCUCCAAACCCUCCCCCAAUUCCAACUACCGAGAUCGUGAAAGGAGGCAAGACAAGGAACACUGCUUGGAAUGCUACAAUUGCCAGUACGAGGAAGAAGCCAACGAGCGUGAGUGUGCGUGGUUGGAUAAAUUGGUGGAUCGAGAGCGUGAGAAGGAGUUGAAGGUGAUUAAAGAACAAUAUAUUGGAUCAAAAUCCUCACAAGGCCCAGCUCAAGGGUUCCGAGCCAAAAUUGACCAGAGGGAGCAGAGAAAGCUUGCUGCCAAGAAUGAUUGGGCAGCUUUUGAGGACGUAGAGGAUUCUGUUAUAGCUAUUCACAGUUGGAGUAGUUUUGUGAAUGCGGAGGUUCUCAAGCAAUUGAAUGAGCUAGCUUCAAAGAUUUUGCAUUCAAAAGCUCCGUUUCUAACUUGAGUUUUGGUUUGAAAUUUGCAUUAACUUCUGUAGCACAUCUUGCAUAGCUUUUGUCAAGGUAUUUAUGUACAUCUAAAGCUUGCUCGCCGCCUUUUGCUUGGGUGUUUAUGUACACCCAAACUUACUUAUAGCUUUCGUUUGCCUGUGUAUCUUUUGCCUGGGUAUUUUAUAUACACCCAAACUUGCUCGCAACUUUUUGCUUGUCUGUGUAACUUCUGCUUGGGUAUUUAUGUACACCCAAACUUGCUCACAGCUUUUGCUUGUGUAACUUCUACUUGGAUAUUUAAGGUACACCCAAACUUGCUCACAGCUUUUUGCUUGUUUGUGUAACUUAUGCUUGGAUAUUUAAUGUACACCUAAACUUGCUCACAGCUUUUGCUUGUGUAACUUCUACUUGGGUAUUUAAGGUACUUGGGUAUUUAAGGUACACCCAAACUUGCUCAUAGCUUUUGCUUGUGUAACUUCUGCUUGGGUAUUUAAUGUACACCAAAACUUGCUCACAGCUUUUGCUUGUGUAACUUCUGCUUGGAUAUUUAUGUACAUCCAAACUUGCUCGCAACUUUUUGCUUGUCUGUGUAACUUCUGCUUGGGUAUUUAUGUACACCCAAACUUGUUCACAGCUUUUUUGCUUGCUUAACUUUUGCUUGAAUAUUUAUGUACAUCCAAACUUGCUAGUAGCUUUUUGGUUGUCUGUGUAACUUCUGCUUGGGUAUUUAUGUAAACCCAAACUUGCUCACAGCUUUUUUGCUUGCGUAACUUUUGCUUGGAUAUUUAUAUACAUCCAAACUUGCUCGCAGCUUUUUUCUUGUCUGUGUAACUUCUGCUUGGGUAUUUAUGUACACCCAAACUUGCUCACAGCUUCUUCACUUGCGUAACUUUUGCUUGGAUAUUUAUGUACAUCCAAACUUGCUCGCAGCUUUUUUCUUGUCUGUGUAACUUCUGCUUGGGUAUUUAUGUACACUCAA